AUGCUGAAAAAAAGUUUGAAUUUGUGUACAUUUCCAAAUUGUUACAUUUCAAAUGUGAUUGAUCAACUACUAAUCAGAUCCAAACUUAAUAAUAACCAAUGUUAUCAACCCCAGUACUCAACUACACCUGUUCAGAAUGUUGUAAACAAUUCUGCUGAACUGACAACUGAUAAAUCUCCAUAUCCAAAAUAUCUGUCUUGGACAGAUCCACAUGAAUUGGCUCACUAUCUUAGUCAGCGUAUUGUAGCUUUAACUAAAUAUUUUGUUGUGAUUGAUAAACCACCUAAUCUUUCUGUUUGGGGUCACUCACUAACCAGCCGUGAAGCUAUUUCAAUGAUUAAUCCUAAAUUAUACAGUGCAUCAGAUCUUGGUAUAAAUGAUUGUUUACCACAAUUAAACACUAUAAUCACAUCGUUGGAACGGGAACAACAGGAUACUCCUAAUGAUAAUUUAUCGAAUUCAUGUGGAUCUAUUGAAAUUCCUAAAUUGUAUAUCAUUGAAUCUUUGCCGGCUGCUUAUUCCGGUCUCAUUUUAUUGGGUAGAAAUGAAAAAUAUACUAAUGCUGCUCGUAAAUUUUAUAAAACUGCGAUGCUCGGAGGUAGUCCUUGGGAACUAUAUCAAAAACUCCUAAUUGUUUGUUGGGGUAAACCACAACAAAUUCAGUCAAAACCAACAUCAUUUCCGAUUGCUGCUUAUGCAUUACAUGAUCAUCUGCGUGUCGGUUAUAGACCAUCUCCAAAUGAAAUUUCGAAAGGUUUAAAAUUGAAAGGUGUUAUUCUAGAAAAAUCUGUUCACCAUACAAUUCUUUCCGAAGGUUCUGAGAAUUCCAGUCUUGUCAAACUUGAAACAAACAGUCUGUAUCGUGGUUUACCUGAAGUCUACUUAUUAUAUGAAGGUUGCACUGUUGUCGGAGAAACAUUUCAAGCUUCACGUCUUGUGAACACUGGGAUAUCACCUAUUGUCUUACCGCCUAAUAAAAUUCGCUUAAACUAUUCUAUACCACUGAAACAACGUCGAAUUCUUGGUCAAUCCAAUAUUAAUUUCGAAUAUAUACCAGUUCAUAUUCAUCGUUCCCAUUUAUAUCUACCUAUACCAUUUUAUAUGAAUGCCCCAAAUUUAUGUAUAAAAUCAUAUGUUAAAAAGCCUUCACAUCUUUUUAAAAUCAAAUCUGAAAGCUUUUCUUUAAAAUCUUGUAAUAUAUCAUCACAACCUAGUCCCUUAUCAUUAUCUUGUGUUAAGCAGGAAGUCGACAGUGAUACAAUACCGACAACAAAGACAACAACCAGUAAUAAUAAUAAUCGUACAAUUAAUUAUUACUUCCUAACAUGUCAUUCAUAUGAAUUGCCUGAUUAUUUUUCUAAUACUUUAGCUCGUCUUGGAAUUGAAUUUGAUUACGCUAAUUGGUUAGAACAAAACAUUAUAAAUAAUAAUAAUGAUAAAAUUUUAAAUAAAAUUACCUAA